AUGAGUUUAAAGCUCUCAUACAGAGUAAGUCAAAAGCGAAUGAAGGAAAAUAGUUUGCUUAAAACUAUAGAACUUUUACAAAUCAUCAGUUUAAAAUUGUUUCAGUUGAGCAUUAGUAAAGAAAAAGAAAAUAUCAUCGCAGUGAAGUCUCUGUAUGGAGUUCACAGCCAUCAUAAAUCAAAAAAAGGUUCGCUGGACGAACAACACAAUUCUUCCAACACCGCAACAAAACAUGUUUAUCUAAAUGUUACAGAAGCCAGUGAGUAG